AGCGACGUAGAUCUCGUUAACUAAUCUCUCAAUCCCUUUUUUCCUUUCUCAUAACUUCGUUACCUACAAGAUUGCUUUCGGCACCUUGAUUCAUCAUUCACCUGAAACACAUAUCAGGAUGAAGAAAUCGCAGCUGGUGUUUGUGCCUUUACCAAGCAGGGGUCACCUAGCGUCCACCGUCGAGUUCGCUAAGCUUCUCGUCAACCGCCAUGGAAAUCUUUCGGUCACCAUCCUCAUAAUCAAAGCACCGUAUGACCCCGCCGGCGAGGCCUACGCGCUCUCCCUCACCUCUUCCCUUUCCUUCCCAAAACAGCUCCAAUUCAUUCUCCUGCCUGAUCCGAACCACGACCCUAACUCUAAUCAGUCUCUUAAUCCAGCUUCCUUCAUCGAUUCUGUUGUUGAAAACCAGAAACUCAACGUCAGACAAGCUGUCUCCGCCCUCAUUUCAGGCCCCGACUCCCCUCGCCUCGCCGGAUUCGUGGUUGACAUGUACUGCUCCACCAUGAUUGACGUCGCCGACGAGUUCGGAGUUCCAACCGUGGGAUUCUUCACUGCGGGUGCUGCUUUCCUUGGGUACAUGCUUCACAUCCACACGCUUCGAGAACGAGAAAACGUCGAUACGACUGCGUUAAAUUUCAAGGACUCCGGAGCGCAGUUUGCCAUCCCGAGUUUCCAGAACCUUGUUCCGGCUAAUGUUUUUCCGGGCGCCGCCUUGGAUAAGGAGUGGGCGACAUUUUUCUACCUUCAUGCGUGCAGGUUAAAGAAAGCCAAGGGUAUUAUAGUAAAUACAUUUGAGGAGCUUGAAUCGCAUGCGGUUGGUUCAUUUCGUAAUGCGGAUUUUACCGUGUACCCAGUGGGGCCCAUUUUAAGCGUGGGGGAGACUGAGAGCGAGACGAUUCAAAGAGGGUCGGACGUUAUGGAAUGGCUCGAUGGUCAGCCUCCUCUGUCGGUUUUAUUCCUGUGCUUCGGUAGUAUGGGUUGUUUCGACGACGAUGAUCAAGUGAUAGAAAUCGCACGUUCUCUUGAAAGAAGUGGGGUCCACUUUGUGUGGUCUCUCCGCUUACAGAAGCCCACAUCGAAGCCUCUGGAAGCGCCCAGUGAUUGCUCCAACCCUAAAGACGUAUUACCGGAGGGAUUCUUAGAGCGAACGGCCAAGAGUGGAAAAGUGAUUGGGUGGGCCCCACAAGCCCAAAUCUUGGCCCAUAAAGCGGUGGGAGGUUUUGUGUCGCAUUGUGGGUGGAAUUCAAUACUGGAGAGCAUAUAUUAUGGAGUGCCCAUUGCUACGUGGCCACUUUACUCGGAGCAACAAUUGAAUGCAUUCGAGCUGGCGCGUGAGUUGAAACUGGGCGUGGAAAUCUCAUUGGAUUAUAGGAUGGAGUUUGGUGAUGUGAGCAAAUCGGGAGUGAUAAGUGCAGAGAGAAUAGAGAAAGGCAUAAAACAAGUUAUGGAGAGAGAAAGUGAAGUGAGGAAGAAAGUGAAGGAGAUGAGCGAGAUGAGUAAGAGGGCUUUAAUGGAGGGUGGCUCUUCCUAUUCUUAUUUAGGACGCUUCAUUCACGAUAUACUCAAUUGAGGUCGAAACUAGAGUUAUACUCGUGAUUCUUGUAAGCAUGGGAUGUGCUCCCAUAUGACUAUAUAUUUGUAUUUUGAAUAAAAUUUUGUUGUCU